GAUUUGCAUUUAUACAACACCCAAGUUUAAUGUUCGAACAGGAAGUGAAGACUCUCUACAACAGCAUUCUUUCAGAUAAGAACUGUUCAGUAAACUUAAAAAUCCAGGUGUUAAAAAACCUCCAGACCUACUUGCAGGAGGAGGAUACACGUAUGCAGCAGGCAGACAGAGACUGGAAAAAAGUAGCAAAGCAGGAAGACCUGAAAGAAAUGGGUGAUAUUUCCUCAGGGAUGAGUAGUUCCAUCAUGCAGCUAUAUCUCAAACAGGUUCUUGAGGCUUUUUUUCAUACGCAGUCCAGUGUACGCCACUUUGCUCUAAAUGUCAUUGCACUGACGUUAAACCAGGGUCUCAUCCAUCCUGUUCAGUGUGUGCCAUACUUAAUUGCUAUGGGCACAGAUCCAGAGCCCUCUAUGCGAAACAAAGCUGACCAGCAGUUGGUGGAAAUAGACAAAAAAUAUGCUGGGUUCAUUCACAUGAAAGCAGUGGCUGGUAUGAAGAUGUCUUACCAGGUACAACAGGCAAUCAAUACCUGUCCAAAGGAUCCCGUAAGAGGUUUUAGACACGAUGAAUCAUCCAAUGCAUUGUGUUCACACCUAUACUCCAUGAUCCGAGGGAACCGUCAACACAGACGAGCAUUUCUAAUUUCUUUACUCAACCUCUUUGAUGAUACUGCGAAAACAGAGGUGAAUAUGCUCUUGUACAUAGCAGACAAUCUAGCCUGUUUUCCUUAUCAAACACAGGAAGAGCCACUGUUUAUAAUGCAUCAUAUAGACAUUACGCUAUCAGUUUCUGGUAGCAACUUACUACAGACAUUUAAAGAGUCUAUGAUGAAAGACAAAAAAAAAGAAAGAAAGCCUUCAUCAGAUGAGGAGCCUGAGAGUGACAGUAACACUUGUAGUGAGAGCGAAACUGAUGAGGAAGCUUCUAAGCCUCGUAGGUUACGGAAACGAGUAGACUCUGAUUCAGAUUCUGAUGAAGAAAAUUAUAUUAAUGCUGUGAUGAAAUGUUUGCCAGAAAAUUCAGCUCCUUUAAUUGAAUUUGCAAAUGUCUCCCAAGGCAUAUUAUUACUUUUGAUGCUGAAGCAGCAUUUAAAGAACCUCUGCGGAUUCUCUGAUAGUAAAAUUCAGAAAUAUUCUCCAUCUGAAUCUGCAAAAGUUUAUGAUAAAGCGAUAAACAGGAAGACGGGAGUUCAUUUCCAUCCAAAACAAACUCUGGAUUUUCUGCGGAGUGAUAUGGCUAAUUCCAAGAUCACAGAAGAAGUGAAGAGGAGUAUAGUAAAACAGUACUUAGAUUUCAAGCUCCUUAUGGAACAUUUGGAUCCUGAUGAAGAAGAAGAAGAUGGAGAGGUGUCAGCUA